UUGAAAAAUUUUCUUUUAUUUCUGUCGAAAUUUUAUUCAGGCGACUCGGUUUUGCGUGUAAAAAAGGUUUUUUGGAAGACAUAAUUUUAAAAAUACAAUUGAUAGUUUGUAUAUAACAGGUUAGCCCAUGUCGUAAAAUGUCCGACUCUGAAGAAAGUAACAUAUCGGACAGUGGUUCUGAAGAUGGUUCCGUCGGAUCCAAUAAGUCGCAAAAAAGUGCGCAUUCACGAUCACGCUCACCUGUUCGGUCCAGGUCUGGAUCAAGAUCUAGGUCCGGAUCAAGAUCCCCAUCGAGAUCAAGAUCACGGUCUCGGUCCCGUUCGCGUUCGGUGGGUUCAGAAUCUGGUUCUGAUAAUUCUGUAAAAGGACACAAACAACGCCCUCGGGAUGCAGAGGAAGAAGAAGACGAGGAUGAAGUCGAUGGUGAUGAUGUCGACUCGGAGGAAUAUGAAGAAGAUGAAGACGAUAGACCAAGGAAGAAAAAGAAGAAGGAUCGCUUUGGUGGCUUUAUUAUUGAUGAAGCUGAAGUAGACGAUGAGGUUGAUGAAGAUGAUGAAUGGGAAGAAGGUGCCAAUGAGUUGGGUAUAGUGGGCAAUGAAAUUGACGAAUUGGGUCCAACAGCCCGAGAUAUUGAAAUAAGGCGACGUGGUACGAAUCUAUGGGACACCCAGAGAGAGGACGAAAUCGAAGAGUAUUUAAGAAAGAAAUAUGCUGACGAAUCAAUUGCAAAGAGACAUUUUGGUGAUGGAGGCGAAGAAAUGUCUGAUGAAAUUACCCAACAAACAUUGUUGCCGGGUAUAAAGGACCCUAAUUUAUGGAUGGUCAAGUGCCGUAUUGGCGAAGAGAAGGCGACUGCAUUGUUAUUAAUGCGAAAAUUUCUAACUUACCUAAAUACCGAUGAACCACUUCAAAUAAAAUCUGUUGUGGCGCCAGAGGGCGUCAAGGGUUAUAUAUACGUCGAGUCGUACAAACAAACCCAUGUAAAAACCACCAUUGAAAAUGUAGGUAACCUUAGGAUGGGAAAGUGGAAACAGGAAAUGGUACCCAUUAAGGAAAUGACAGAUGUGUUGAAAGUCGUAAAGGAGCAAGUGGGCUUAAAGGUAAAGCAGUGGGUAAGAUUGAAAAGAGGUCUUUACAAGGAUGAUAUAGCCCAAGUGGAUUACGUGGAUUUGGCUCAAAAUCAAGCUCAUUUGAAGCUGUUGCCACGCAUUGACUACACCCGCUUGAGAGGAGCACUCAGAUCAACAGCAAGUGAAUCCGAUGAUAGUAAACGUAAGAGAAAACGCAGGCCAGCUGCAAAGCAUUUUGAUCCAGAAGCCGUUAGGGCCAUUGGUGGUGAAGUUCAUUCAGAUGGUGAUUUUUUGCUAUUCGAAGGAAAUCGUUACUCCCGCAAGGGCUUCUUAUACAAAAACUUUACCAUGUCUGCUAUUCAGGCUGAGGGUGUCAAACCAACUCUAGCUGAAUUAGAAAGGUUUGAAGAACAACCGGAAGAUGUGAAUUUAGAAAUUGUUACCGGGGCUAAAGAUGAUCCCACUGCUGGCCAUUCUUUCUCCAUGGGUGACAAUGUUGAAGUAUGUGUGGGUGAUUUAGAGAAUUUGCAGGCAAAAAUUAUUGCUAUCGAUGGUGGAAUGAUCACUGUUAUGCCGAAACAUCAGGAUUUAAAGGAUCCUUUGGUAUUUAAAGCAAACGAGUUGCGAAAAUACUUCAAAACUGGUGACCAUGCUCGUGUCUUGGCUGGACGUUAUGAAGGCGAAACAGGUUUAAUUAUACGUGUCGAACCCACACGAGUCGUUCUUGUGUCUGAUUUGACAAAUCAUGAAUUGGAAGUAUUGCCCAGAGAUUUGCAGCUUUGUUCAGAUGUUGCCACUGGUGUGGAUUGUCUGGGUCAAUUCCAGUGGGGUGAUUUGGUGCAACUAGAUGCUCAAAAUGUAGGUGUUAUUGUUCGUUUGGAACGUGAAAAUUUCCAUGUUUUAGGAAUGCAUGGCAAGGUUAUAGAAUGCAAACCUACUGCUCUUCACAAGAGAAGAGAGAACAGAAACACUAUUGCUCUUGAUGCCGAUCAAAAUCAAAUUAGACGCCGCGACAUUGUUAAAGUUAUGGAAGGACCUCAUGCGGGACGGUCGGGAGAAAUCAAACAUUUAUAUCGCAGUUUGGCGUUUUUACAUUGUCGCAUGUAUACGGAAAAUGGUGGAAUAUUUGUUUGCAAGACGCGUCAUCUUCAACUAGCUGGCGGCAGUAAAUCACAAACCAAUAAUUUCGGACCGCUUGGAGGUUUAGGUUUCAUGUCGCCACGCAUUCAAUCGCCUAUGCAUCCUUCGGGAGGACGUGGUGGCCGCGGUGGAACUAGAGGUGGUCGUGGUGGUUUCAAGGUUACCAGAGAUCGUGAAAUAUUGGGCAAAACAAUCAAAAUCAGCGGAGGCCCAUACAAAGGUGUCGUGGGCAUUGUCAAGGAUGCCACAGAGAGUACAGCACGUGUGGAAUUGCAUACGUCGUGUCAAACAAUUUCGGUUGAUCGUAAUCAUAUCGCCAUUGUCGGUCCAGCUGGCAAGGAUGGAAGUCUCUCCUCAUACGGACGCACUCCAGCUCGUACUCCUGGCUAUGGUUCUCAUACACCAAUUUAUGCAGCAGCCGGCUCUAAGACACCUUUGUUGGGUAGUCAAACACCCAAUUGGGAUUCCGAGGGUCGCACUCCCUAUAGCAGUUCGAUGACACCGUUACAUGAUGGCAGCAUGACUCCACGUCAUGGAGCUUGGGAUCCAAAUGUUACAAACACACCGGCUCGCAGUAAUGACUUUGAUUAUUCUCUUGAAGAACCAAGCCCAAGUCCUGGCUACAAUCCCAGCACUCCUGGUUAUCAGAUCAACACACAGUUUCCACCACAAACUCCAGGCACACUUUAUGGCUCGGAUCGCAGCUACAGUCCCUUCAAUCCCAGUCCAAGUCCAGCUCCCUCUCCAUACCCUGUGGGCUAUAUGAAUACGCCAUCGCCUUCUAGCUAUUCGCCUAACACCCCCGGAGGCGCUCCAAACUCACCUUAUAAUCCUCAAACUCCUGGCGCAAGCUUAGAAUCACCAAUUGGUGACUGGUGUACAACGGACAUCGAGGUGAAAAUCCAUACCCAUGACGAUGUUGAUUUGGUGGGCCAAACUGGCAUCAUACGCACUGUUUCUAAUGGCGUCUGUUCAGUUUUCCUACAAGAGGAAGACCGCAGUGUUUCGGUGGUAAGCGAACAUUUGGCACCAGUUUUGCCAGAAGUUGGAGAUGAAUUUAAGGUUAUUUAUGGCGAUGAACGCGAAUCGGUUGGUAAGGUGGUCUCGCAUUCAGACAAAGACACUAGCAUAUGCCAGCUAAAUGGUGAAAUAAAAAUGAUACCGACAGCCUAUUUGAGUAAAAUGAAAUCCAUCGAUUAAACCAAUCAGUGACAAGAUGAAUUGCAAUGAUACGAUGGUAAGAAUACUUUUAAUCUUUUUUUUUUUCCAAACACAAGUUUCAUGGAAACCCAAAUACAUAAAUAAUAUACUUACAUACAAUAUAUUACAA